AUGGCUUUUCAAUCGGCCCUCUUACCAAUAUUGGUCUUGGGACUGAUGACUAGUUUGGUGCGUUGUGCCCCCUUCCCUGGCAGGCUGAAUGGCACAGUGGAACGACACUGGGAGACACUCUACUCGCGGUCCUUGGCUCGGAUCCCCGGGGAGAAAAGAGAGAUAAACCGGGACAGCGACUAUCUUAUGGGCAUUAAACGGCUACGACGCCUUUAUUGCAAUGUAGGAAUUGGGUUUCAUAUUCAAGUUUCACCCGAUGGGAGAAUAACAGGAGUGCACAGUGAAAACCGUUACAGUCUCCUUGAGAUAUCUCCAGUAGAGAGAGGAGUUGUGACAAUCUUUGGCGUCCAAAGCAGUCUAUUCGUGGCAAUGAACAGCAAAGGGAAGCUGUACGGAUCUGUUCAUUACAACAACGAGUGCAAAUUCAAAGAAACUCUCCUGGCAAAUAAUUACAAUGCUUACGAAUCGGUGGCAUACCCGACGAUGUACAUUGGACUAAGCAAGACCGGUAAAACAAAAAGGGGAAACCGAGUGUCACCAGCCAUGACGGUGACGCAUUUCUUGCCAAGAAUCUGA